AUGGAGGAAGAUCCAUCGGAAGAUAGUUACGAGACGGACCCGUCUGAGGGUUCGUAUGAGACGCCGGUGGAGCAGGAGGCUCCCAAGGCUGCACUAGAGUUGACCCCUCCAGCUUCUCCUAUGAUGGAGCAUUAUGUUAGGGCAGCCACGAGUCUGAGUGUUACCGAGUAUUCUAGCCCUCUAUCUUGGCCUUCGGUAAAUCAAGAGCUGUCAGAAUAUUCGUAUCCCUCGGACUUAGAUGGGGGAGAUGGGGAGGGCCAGACCGGUAGAUGGUGGGAGGACGAUGAGAAGGAUACUUCACUUUACAGCCCUCCAGACCAAGAUCAGGACAGGCCGGCUACAGAAUGCAAUUUAGCUCUCUUUGUUUUUCUUUCUUUUGAAGAAGCCAUUGCUGAUGAUGAGCCACAGUUCACGGCUUUAUUUGUCUUUGGGGAUUCACUUAUGGAUCCUGGAAACAAUAACUAUCUGGCAAACUCUUUGGCAAAGGCUAAUUAUGUACCUUAUGGAGUUGAUUUUCGAAGACCCACUGGGAGAUUUUGCAAUGCAAGAACCAUAAUAGAUUAUUUGGGUGAUCUGCUAGGACUUCCACUUAUUCCAGCUUACACAGCUACUAUCACCUUGGGCUGUGAUAUUUCCAAAGGAGUAAAUUAUGCUUCAGCUGCAGCCGGGAUUCUUGACGAGACAGGCCAAAGUCUUGGAGAAAGGUUUAGCUUGAAUAAACAAGUUCAAAAUUUUGAAGAUACCUUGAAUAAAUUAAAGGGGCAGAUGGAAGAGCAAGAGUUAAAGCAUUAUCUUGCAAAUUCGUUGUUUGUAAUGAAUGUUGGCAACAAUGACUACAUCAACAACUAUUUGCAACCUUCAUUGUACUCAACGAGUUCGAUUUACAAGCCUAGAGAUUAUGCUGAUCUCCUCAUAAAGCACUACUCUAGGCAAAUAUUGGUAAUACGUAAAUUAGGACUAAGGAAGUUCUUAUUGGGAGGUAUUGGACCACUUGGUUGUAUCCCUAGCCAAUUGGGAACUGGUAUUGCUCCACCAGGAAAGUGUGUCUCCGUUGUGAAUGAAAUGAUUGGGAUGUUUAAUUCACAACUUAAGGCUCUUGUUGAUCAGCUUAACAAAGACAACCAUGACUCCAUCUUUGUUUACGGCAAUACUUUUGGAGGAUUUACCCACAUAUUCAACAAUGCCUCUGCUUAUGGUUUUGAAGUAAAGGACAUUGGUUGCUGUGGCGUUGGGAGGCGAAUAACAUGUCUUCCGCUUUCAGUACCUUGCAUGAAUAGAGAUCAAUACCUCUUUUGGGAUGCCUUCCAUCCAACACAAGCUGUGAAUCAAAUUCUUGCUAGGAAAGCAUAUUCAGGGUCCUUAGACGAUUGUUAUCCCAUCAAUGUCAAACAAAUGGCUCAACUCUAAAACUCUUCUUUUUCCGUUAGCUUUCUUGAACAAAUGUCUGUCAAUAUAUGCAAGAGCAAAAGACUACCAGUGAAUUAUUACUGCUAAAAAAGAAAUUAGCUAUAUACACCUCUAUAAUAGCACUACACUAUAAAAGCCAAGUUAAUCUCUUAUAUUUUACCUCUUUAUAAUAGUUUUUUACCUAUAACAGUAACAAUCAUCUUUAUAACAGUAUGUUCUUUGUAAAAUUACCUCUCUAUAACAACUAUCUUCCUUUUUUGUUAAUAUAAUAAUCAACUAUCUUUA